GGAGGGGGCAUCGCGGGGGGUCGGCUGAGCCUGCCCCAACCCCCAGUGAGCAUGGGGCCUGGGGCUCCCAAAGGCAGGCGCUUGGGGGUGGCACAGCUGGCCUGAACCGUGUGCGGUGGUGGCGGGGAACGGCAGGACGACGAGAAGCCCCGGUGCCCCCCUUGACCCCACGGGGGUCGGCCCGCAUGCACCUCCCCACUGCGGAGCCACGGAGGCGGAGGAGGCGGAGGAGGAAGAUCCCGGCUUGGCCCUGGCGCCGGCUGGGGAGGUUGGCGGCUGGCGUUGGCGGUCCCGGGAGGAGCAGGCAGCCAUGGAGAGCCUGGCAGGCUACGUCUACAAGGCGGCCAGCGAGGGGCGGGUGCUGACCUUGGCAGCCCUGCUCCUGAACCGCUCGGAGAGCGACAUCCGCUACUUGCUGGGCUAUGUCACCCACCAAGGUGGGCAGCGGUCGACACCUCUCAUCAUCGCUGCCCGCAAUGGACACGCCAAAGUUGUGCGCCUGCUCCUGGAGCACUACCGUGUGCAGACCCAGCAGACUGGCACGGUCCGUUUUGAUGGUUAUGUCAUCGAUGGCGCCACGGCCCUGUGGUGUGCAGCUGGGGCUGGCCACUUUGAAGUCGUCAAGCUCUUGGUAAGCCACGGAGCCAACGUCAACCACACAACCGUGACCAACUCUACUCCGCUUCGCGCUGCAUGCUUUGACGGCCGGCUUGACAUUGUGAAGUACCUCGUGGAGAACAAUGCCAACAUCAGCAUCGCCAACAAGUAUGACAACACUUGCCUUAUGAUCGCUGCUUACAAGGGCCAUGUGGACGUGGUGCGCUACCUUUUAGAGCAGCAUGCGGACCCCAAUGCCAAAGCACACUGUGGCGCGACAGCAUUGCACUUUGCGGCGGAGGCUGGUCACCUGGAGAUCGUCCGCGAGUUGGUGAAGUGGAAAUCUGCCAUGAUGGUGAACGGCCAUGGAAUGACACCUCUGAAAGUGGCUGCCGAGAGCUGCAAGGCCGAUGUUGUCGAGCUGCUGCUGGCGCACGCCGACUGCAACCGCAAGAGCCGGAUAGAAGCUCUGGAGCUCCUGGGUGCCUCGUUUGCCAACGACCGAGAAAACUACGAUAUAAUGAAGACCUACCACUAUUUGUAUUUAGCCAUGCUGGAGCGGUACAGGGAUAGCGAGAACAUUAUAGAGAAGGAGGUCCUGCCUCAGAUAGAAGCCUACGGCAGCCGGACAGAGUGCCGGACUCCUCAAGAGCUGGAAUCCAUUCGGCAGGACCGGGACGCUCUCCACAUGGAGGGCCUCAUCGUCCGAGAACGAAUUCUGGGCUCCGACAACAUCGAUGUCUCGCACCCCAUCAUUUACCGCGGUGCUGUUUAUGCAGAUAACAUGCAGUUUGAGCAGUGCAUCAAGCUCUGGCUUCACGCCUUGCGUUUGCGGCAGAAAGGCAAUAGGAAUACCCACAAGGACCUCCUCCGGUUUGCUCAAGUCUUCUCUCAGAUGAUACACUUGAACGAGCCGGUGAAAGCCAAGGACAUUGAGAGCGUCUUGAGGUGCAGCGUCUUGGAGAUAGAGCAAGGGAUGGCCCGGGUCAAAAGCUCUCAGGAUGCUGAGCUCCACACAGCCAUGGACAACUACGAAUGCAACAUCUUCACCUUCCUGUAUUUGGUGUGCAUCUCCACCAAGACGCAGUGCAGGGAUGAGGAGCAGUCGCGGAUCAACAAGCAGAUUUACAACUUGAUCCACCUGGAUCCCAGGACGCGAGACGGCUCUGGCUUGCUGCACCACGCCGUCAACUCUGGCACGCCGGUGGACGACUUCCACACCAAUGACGUCUGCAGCUUCCCCAAUGCACUGGUCACCAAGCUCCUCUUGGACUGUGGCGCUGACGUCAACGCUGUGGACAACGAAGGGAACACGCCGCUGCACGUCAUAGUCCAGUAUAACAGGCCCAUUAGUGACUUCUUGACCUUGCACUCCAUCAUCAUCAGCUUGGUGGAGGCCGGCGCUCAUACGGACAUGACAAACAAGCAGAAGAAGACCCCUCUCGACAAAAGUACCACCGGCGUGUCGGAAAUCCUCCUGAAGACUCAGAUGAAGCUGAGUCUGAAGUGCCUGGCUGCCCGAGCUGUGCGGGUUUAUCACAUCAGCUACCACAACCAGAUCCCCAAGACACUAGAAGAAUUUGUUGAAUUCCACUAGCCACGCCAACGGGGUGGUGCUCCUUCCCUUCCCAGAAAGGUCAAACUCUUGUCAAUAAAAUACUGGGCAGAGCUUUAGAAAUCCCUUCUCCUCUCCUUUCUUUUUGGUAGCAAACACACACCAACCAGCCCCCUCGUAAACUGGCUAACAUGGCUUUGAUUUGCAAAAACCUGUCUUCUGACGGCAGAGUGAACAGGUUUCUUUUUUUCCUCUUAAUGAACUGGGACAGGGUAGAGAGUCAAACUCUAAAAUGAGAAUGAGUGUAAAAUAUUUUGAUACUACGAUGCACACGGGUUUUAUCAUUGACAGCCAAGAAUGCUUUAAGCAGCUACCUGCAAAGAGGUUUUGCGUUUAAUUAGUUGAGCCAGCAUGUUACCUAUGCAGCGGUUUGGAAAGUCUUCUUGCGGGAGGGAAGAGGAGGAAAGGAAGAGAAAAUGGAGAAGGAUCUUAUUGCUGGGAUUUUAUUAAAACAUGCAAAGCAAUCCAGGGAAAUUUACUUCUCACCAGCCUGUUUUUAAUGCCUUUCAGUUCCUACCAGAGUUGUCACUAACAUUUAGUUUUAAUUUCUGCUUGCAAUGAGAUGAAAAUAACCGAUUGUUUGGCUACAGAAAAAGGGAAAUGCAGGUUGAAAUUCAGAUGUGUGAAUGUGCUUGCCUAUCAGUACUUAAAAUUACUAGUAUUUAUUUGGUUGUUGUUGAGGGAGGCAAAACAGGCCUACCGCCUCAAAUUCAUUCUCACUUUUGCUGCUUUAAGAGAAGUAGCAUGCAGAAAUAGUUUGCAUUAUUUGAGUAUUGUUUUAUGCGUGGUUCCCUGUCCCCGCUUCCCUCUGGUAAGAUAAAACGUAAAGUGGUUAAGGCUGGAUCUUAAUCCCACACCUGAAAUGAUAACUGCUGCAUUUCCUGAAAUUUUCCAAGUAGCUGGCAAACAGGUUUUGUUUUCAAAAAAAUGAGCUUUUUUAAAAUUAAAAACAAAAACAAAAAAUGUUAGAAACCUGGCAGGGAAGGAUCAGGGAAGAAUAAUUGUGUUGGCAGGACCCUGCCCUGAGAAUCAGUUUCUGUCUUUUCAGCCCUCUUCAUUAUGGAACUCUUCAGAAAAAUAGAUUCCACACCCACCCGCACACGUCCAAAUCAUCCUCUCUAAAGGCCAUCUUUUAAAUCACUCACAGUACCUUGAUUGUAUGAAGAAUGUUUGACCUGUGAAAAGCAUCUCUCCUUGGCAGAAAACUUCAGCAACCCAAUGCCAUUUUUUUGACAGGUUACUGAAAACACUUCCCAUGAUUUUAAAUUCUACUUUCUAACUGUCAGCUGGGAAAAGAAUGUUCUGCAGUCAUUUUUUUAAAAAAACGGAACAGAGAGUUCAAAUAAAAAGGGGCAUUCUGAGCACAGGUAUGUGUGUUUGUAUUACAAAUAAAAUCUUGAAUGUGAAACUUAA